AUACUCCAGCACCCACCCCCCAGCUCCAAGCCAAUUAUCUAAAUUGAAAGACCUUUCAUUCCCCAGAGUUGCGUUCAUCUGCACAUUCCAGACUGAAAAUGCGAAGACGCGACGGAAUCCACAGAUGAUUCUCGUUCUAGGGUUUUGAAGGAAGAACGAAGAGAAAGAGAGAAUCCAUCCGUAUAGUAACGGGGAGGAGUAAGAGAAAGUCAUAAGGGAAAAUUAGGACGGGGAGGAGAUGCCGCUUUUUCUGACCGAUGCAGAAUUCGAGGGCUGCUCUCACGACCCGAGGCUGGUGGCGGAGAAGGCAGACAUAUUCAUCAGGGAGCUUUACAACCAACUGGAAACGGUGAAGGCUCAGGCGGAUGCCCACUCCAUCACCGCCGAACAGAACUGCUCCCUGGUCGAGCAGAAGUACGUUUCCAUUUGUUCUGAGUUCUCCGCUCUCCAAUCCCAGCAUUCCCAGCUCAACUCAUCUCUCGAUCAACGACUCUCCGAGCUCGCCAAGCUCCAAGCGGACAAUCAACAGCUUCACCUCCUUUCUAUUGGCAAAGAUGGGGAGAUUGAACGCCUGUCUGCAGAGGUAUCUGAGCUUCACAAAUCCAAAAGACAGUUGAUGGAUUUACUGGGGAACAAGGAUUUAGAGAUAAGUGAGAAAAAUGCAACAAUCAAAAGUUACCUGGAUAAGAUAGUCAUGCUAUCUGAAAAAGCUGCAUCAAGGGAAGCACGGUUGAGUGACUUGGAGUCUGAAUUGGCUCGCUCUCAAGCUUCAUGUUCACGACUAGUGCAGGAGAAGGAGCUAAUUGAGAGGCAUAACUCAUGGAUUAAUGAUGAGUUGACAACCAAAGUCAAUGAUCUCUUAAACCUGCGUAAAACUCAUUCUAAGCUUGAGGCAGACAUGACUGCUAAACUUUCUAAUCUAGAGAGGAAUUUCAGUGAAUGUUCUAACUCGCUGAUGUGGCACAAGGACAGAUCUGGGGAGCUGGAGGUUAAGUUGUCAUCCUUGGAGCAGGAACUAUUAUCCUCAAAAGAUACAGCAUCAAGGACAGAGGAACAGCUAUCUUCUGAAAUUUUGACUUUAAAUAAGCUCGUGGAACUAUACAAAGAGAGCUCGGAUGAGUGGUCUAAGAAGGCAGGUGAGCUUGAGGGCGUGAUCAAGGCAUUGGAGGCCCAUUCAAACCACAUUGAAACAGACUACAAAGAGAGGUUUGAGAAGGAAGUUUCAACUAGGAAAGAAUUAGAAGAGGCUGUUGCAUCUCUGAAGGAAAAACUUGCAACAUGUGAAAAGGAAUUGGAAAGAAGCAAGGCACAUGGUAACACAAUACCUUUGAGUAGUUUCAAUACUGAACUGUGCAUACAUUCAGUUCCAUCAACUGGGAUGGUUGAAGAUGACCACUGGCUUGUACCUACUAUUCCAGGUGGCAUUUCGGGAACAGCAUUAGCUGCAACGCUCAUUCGAGAUGGUUGGAGUUUGGCUAAGAUGUACACCAAAUAUCAAGAAGCUGUUGAUGCAUUGCAUCAUGAGCAACUGGGUAGAAAGCAAUCUCAAGCUAUCUUGGAGCGGGUACUUCAUGAUAUUGAAGAGAAUGCUGGGGCCAUAUUGGAUGAGCGAGCGGAACAUGAGAGAUUGGUGGAUGCAUACACUGUGCUAGAUGAAAAACUUAAGCAUUCUCUUUCUGAGAAAGCUACUUUAGAGAGUGACAUUGAAGAAUUGAAGGCUGAUUUGCGACGUUGUGAACGGGACUAUACAUUAGCUAAGCAGGAGACUAUGGAUCUCCAGAAGCAGGUUUGUUUCGUAAUGCAUUGUUAUAUCUCAGCUCCGAGUGUAACGGUAUUAAGCUCGGAUUUAAGGAACAAGCUCCUUCUUUUGCUGGAUGGGUUAAUAGUCGAUUAUCAGUAUGGUGAUAAUCGAUUAUAUAGGACUGCAGGAGUUUCCCUUGAUGUAUGAUAAUCGAUUGUCCAAGUAGGAUAAUCGAUUGUCAAGUGAUUCAGUUUCUCAGGAGGAGCUUCAGAAGUUUAUGAGAAAUAAACAAUCGAUUUACAAGAAGUGAUAAUCGAUUAUGGAAGGCUGCAGAUUUUCUGGGAAUGAGUGAUAGUCGAUUAUCUUAAAUGGAUAAUCGAUUAUUACUACCUGCAGAUGUUUCUAAUGGAACUGAUAAUCGAUUGUGGGGAGUGAUAAUCGAUUGUUUGGCAGUGAUUCUGGACAGGAAUAAAGGCGUUUUUACGGGGAAUGGGUUGGAAAUAUAUGGGGCUGAUGGGGAGUUCUUUUGGGUAUUUUUAAUGGAAGAAAAGAGUAAUAUUAAGAGGAGAAAUGGGGAGGUAUGAAAUGGAAGAAAAUCAGGGAUGGAUAAACCAAGUUGGUGUUUAAGAGAUAUAACACACUCUUAUCCUAACUUGGGGUUUGAAUCUAGAAUUUAAUUAAGAUAUGACACACUUAAUCAAAUAUCUAGAACCUAAAACUCACACUUAAGAUAACCACUCUUAAGAUAUAGAAUUAGGAAUUUGGCUAAAAUAGCAUCACACUAUUUUAAAAAUACUCAAAGAGUAAAAUGUUUUAAUAUUC